AGGUAUCUGCAUUGGAGUGCAAGGGGAAUACUUUGAUGGAGGAAUGAAGAAAGGAAUAGAAGUGGAGGAGUUAGAGUGUAGAGAUAUGAUGGCACCUAUUACUUUUGCAGGCAUUGAGAACUACAAUAAAGUUGUGUUUGAGAAUGAUAGUGAUGUAGUCGUUAAAUCAAUCAAUGAGCAAACUUCAUGUGUUCAUUGGAUGAAUCGGCAUUUUAUCUUAGAUAUUAAGUUUUUGUUAGGCAGAUUAGAGGGAAAAAAAAACAAACUUUCGUCAAGUAAUAGGUAAAAGCAGAAGUCUACACCAGCAGCCUAAAUUCAGAAUUAGCAGUUUUUAAGUUUUAACCCCAUGACCAUUGUACACAAACGAGAAAGUGCUCCAACAAAAACACCUGGAUCUUUUUCUGGAGGAAACCAUACGACUAGAUCCAGAAUAUACAGCGUACAGGGUGGUGAGCCUUUGCCCGUCUUUGAACGUUUACAUUGGUGCGAAAUCAGCGACUUCGCUAUUUUGCAUUGACUAAUAAGGUCAUUCGUCAACUGAAAAUCUAAGCACCUUUUUAUCUAGAUUCCACUUUGUGUUAACUAGGUUCAUUUCCCAUGAUCUCCACGAUUAAAUAUUCAACUAAUAGUACCAGACAUUUCAAAAUUCGUCCCACCACCAUACAUGGAGUACGUGAAUUGAGGCCGACCAGCAAUUUGGUGCACGUCUAACUCUUUCCCAAGCAAAACUUGAAAGCAAAAGAAAGACAUGGGAACGUAUAGAAAAUUGAUGAGGCAGGGUUGAGAUCAGCACUCCCAUUGGACGUGCCCAAGGAGUUAGGGUCCAGGACUUGAGGAGUUGGAGCGAUUCCAGGUUUUGACCACUUCUUUCCUUCCUAUUUUCAAAUGUUCAAAUCUUCCCUUAAAUCCUCCCGAUCUCUCCGCCAUUUCUGUCUCUCUCCCCAUCCUUCCCUGUCCAUUGCUUUCUUCGCUUGUCGUUUUCAUUUCCGAGCCUCUUUUUUCCUCUGCUUUUAAUUCUUCCAAAGCCUGUUUUUUUGAUACUCAAAGAAACAAAGAAAAUGAAAUCUUCAUCAACAGAAAUCAAACAAAAUAGCAGAAACCAGAAUGGAAUGUCUUCGGAUACCGGAACUACAGGCGAUGACGAAGUUAAAUUAGAAGAACUAGGACGAGAUUCAAAUUUUUCUGAUAUUGAAAUUGAAAAAAGAGAAAUUGUUGUCGACGACGAAGAAGAAAAAGAUCAGGAAAUGAAAAAUGAAAUUGAUUCCGCUUCAAAUUCUUCUUCUGUGAUUAAUGGUAAAACACAAGUGAUUACUGGGCCAUUAUCACAAUUUCCAAAACCAGAAGCUCCGCCAGGAUCUCACAAAUCUCCACCAAAUCCAGAAGAAGAAAAUGGAGGUCGACUGGAAAGAUCACAAUCGUUAUCGAACAACUUCUCGAUGCCGACAAUCGGGAAAUUCUUUCGGGAACGAAGUAAUAGUUUCUCAACUGCUAUUUACAAAGGAAUUUCAAGUUUGAAAGACAACAACAACAAUGGUAAUAAUGACGGCGAGAAUCCUUUAUCUUCGGAUGUUACUGAAAUUCAUCUAUCAGGAAUCGAAGUAAUUGUUCAGAAAAACAAUAACACAACUUUGAACAGAGAAAUCGAAUUCAAAGGAAGAAUAAGUUUCUUUUCGAGAUCAAACUGUAGAGAUUGUGCUGCUAUUAGAUCAUUUUUCAGAGAAAAAGGAUUGAGAUUUGUGGAGACCAAUAUUGAUGUUUAUCCACUAAGAGAAAAAGAAUUGAUCGAAAGAACCGGAAAAUCUUCAGUUCCUCAGGUAUUUUUUAAUGAAAAACUAAUCGGUGGAUUAGUUUCGAUUAAUUCAUUAAGAAAUGAGACUGAAUUAGAGAAGAAAGUGAAAGAACUAUUAGAUAAAAGAUGUCCUGAUAAUGGUCCUUCAAUUCCUGUCUAUGGAUUUGAUGAUGAUCUUGGUGAAGAAAAAAUGGAUCAAAUGAUUGAUAUAAUCAGGGUUUUGAGACAGAGAUUGCCGAUUCAUGAUCGAUUAAUGAGAUUGAAAAUCGUCAAGAAUUGUUUCGCUGGUUCUGAAAUGGUUGAAGCUCUGAUUCAACAGCUUGAUUGUGGACGAAAAAAGGCUGUUGAAAUUGGGAAGGAGCUGGCCAGGAAGCACUUCAUUCAUCAUGUAUUUGGGCAGAAUGAUUUUGAAGAUGGAAAUCAUUUUUAUCGGUUUCUUGAGCAUGAGGAGUUCAUCCCCAAAUCCUUUAAUUUUAGAGGAUCUACAAACGAUUGUGAGCCAAAGACUGCCAUUGAAGUGGGUGAUAAGCUCACUAAGUUAAUGUUUGCCAUUCUUGAAUCAUAUGCAUCUGAAGACAGGCGUCACUUGGAUUAUACAGGCAUCAGGAACAGUGAGGAAUUCCGAAGAUACGUAAAUUUGACAAAAGAUCUGCAGCGUGUCGACAUCUUAAAGCUCACUAACGAUGAGAAAUUGACACUUUUCAUGAACCUAUACAACAGCAUGGUAAUUCAUGCAGUAGCAAGAGUUGGUUGUCCAGAAGGAGUUAUUGACAGAAAAGCCUUUUAUGGUGAUUUUCAGUACAUAAUUGGAGGCUAUCCCUAUUCUCUUAAUAUCAUCAAGAAUGGAAUCCUCCGAUCUAAUAGAAGACAACCUCUCUCUUGGACCAAACCCUUUGGUGCUGGAGAUAAGCGUUUAGAGGUGGCUCUUCCAUCAGUCAACCCUUUAAUUCAUUUUGGGUUAUGCAAUGGAACACGGUCGAGUCCUAAGGUAAGAUUUUUCUCCGGUCAAAUAAUUGAAGCAGAGUUAAGAUCAGCAGCUAGGGAGUUCUUUCUAGGGGAUGCAUUAGUGGUUGAUGUCGAGAAAAGGACCGUAUAUCUCUCGGGAAUCAUCAAGUGGUUCCUUGUGGAUUUUGGGCAGGAGAGAGACUUGCUAAAAUGGGUGAUUGAGUAUUUGGAUCCAACUAAAGCCGGACCUUUGGCACAUCUCUUAAACGAUGAAGGUCCGAUUAGUAUUGUUUACCUCAGAUACGACUGGUCACUCAAUACUUAAAACUUAUGAUACAAUAUCAUCAUUAGGCACCAAGCCUUAUGUUAUACACAUUCAUACAGGAAAAAGAAAGUUUUGUAAAAGGAUAUACAUCAACAAUUUUGAACAAGUGUAAAUAUACAGACAGUUUGUGAAUCUGUGAUAUUGUUUGGUAUGUUGACAUUCAUAUCGCAUCACACCCGCACGCAUAAAGGUGCUUUUUUAGCUCAAGUAGGAGAAGAUAUCAAGAGAUGUUGUUAUAAUAUGUAUACUUGUUUCACCAUAUUUAAAGCUGAGGGAUAUUUUGAGACGAAGGACAUCUCUUACUGAGACGCACAAGUUAGUGGCUGAAUUCAAAUUCGACGUAUGUACUAAGAAAUGAGAGGGGAAUAAUUCUUUACUCAAACUAUGUAUGCUAAGAUGAUAUUGGUUGAUUAUUGCAGUAUUGUGGUAAUCACUAAUCAUUGAAGUUACCAAUAGAUAAUUUUCUUUGUUUUCAUGUUUGU